UCUUGAGCUGCUGCGCGCUAAGAGCUCAGAGCGUGGCGAGCCGGGUGCCCCUGCGCGGACGCCCCCCUUUGUGUUGUUGGAGGCGGGAAGGCAUUUCCCUGCGGGCUACCUGGCCCGCUGUCCGUCUUCCCGGAUUGCUCGGAGCAUCAGUCACCCCCAUCGCCCCCUCCCGCUCAGCUUGCAUUUCUCUUAAUUCUUCCCGAGACAAGAUGGCAACGCCGGCGGCUGUUAAUCCACCCGAAAUGGCAUCGGACAUACCCGGGUCUGUGACAUUGCCAGUGGCACCCAUGGCUACUGGGCAAGUGAGGAUGGCAGGAUCCGUGCCUGCUAGAGGGGGAAAGAGGCGUUCUGGAAUGGACUUUGACGAUGAAGAUGGGGAAGGACCCAGCAAAUUUUCAAGGGAGAACCAUAGUGAGAUCGAGAGACGCAGGAGGAACAAGAUGACCCAGUACAUCACCGAGCUCUCUGACAUGGUGCCCACCUGCAGCGCCUUGGCGCGCAAACCCGACAAGCUGACCAUCCUACGCAUGGCAGUGUCUCACAUGAAGUCCAUGAGGGGCACUGGGAACAAAUCUACCGAUGGAGCAUAUAAGCCUUCUUUCCUAACUGAGCAGGAACUGAAACACCUUAUCCUUGAAGCGGCCGAUGGUUUUCUCUUUGUGGUGGCUGCUGAAACAGGCCGUGUGAUCUACGUCUCAGACUCGGUUACGCCAGUCCUGAACCAGCCCCAGUCGGAGUGGUUUGGCAGCACUCUGUACGAGCAGGUUCACCCUGAUGACGUGGAAAAACUGAGGGAGCAGCUCUGUACAUCUGAAAACUCCAUGACUGGGAGGAUUUUAGAUUUGAAAACUGGCACAGUAAAGAAGGAAGGUCAACAAUCCUCAAUGAGAAUGUGCAUGGGAUCCAGGCGCUCAUUCAUAUGCAGAAUGAGAUGUGGAAAUGCCCCAUUGGAUCAUUUACCUCUGAACAGGAUAACAACCAUGCGGAAAAGAUACAGAAAUGGCCUUGGCCCAGUGAAAGAAGGCGAAGCACAAUAUGCUGUGGUUCACUGUACCGGUUAUAUCAAGGCAUGGCCCCCAGCAGGAAUGACUAUACCGGAAGAAGAUGCCGAGGUGGGCCAAGGCAGCAAAUAUUGCCUAGUGGCAAUAGGAAGACUUCAGGUGACUAGUUCGCCGGUGUGCAUGGAUAUGAAUGGAAUGUCAGUCCCCACAGAAUUCUUAUCCAGGCAUAGCUCAGAUGGAAUAAUUACCUUUGUGGAUCCAAGAUGCAUCAGUGUUAUUGGCUAUCAGCCACAGGAUCUUUUGGGGAAAGAUAUUUUAGAAUUCUGUCAUCCAGAAGAUCAAAGCCAUUUAAGAGAAAGUUUUCAGCAGGUUGUGAAGCUGAAGGGCCAGGUGCUGUCUGUGAUGUAUCGCUUCCGUACCAAGAACCGGGAAUGGAUGUUAAUCCGGACUAGCAGCUUUACAUUUCAGAAUCCUUAUUCGGAUGAGAUUGAGUAUAUCAUCUGCACCAACACUAAUGUCAAGCAGCUUCAACAGCAACAAGCUGAGUUGGAAGUACACCAGAGAGAUGGACUUUCCUCGUAUGACUUAACUCAGGUGCCAGUUCCAAGUAUACAACCUAAUGUUCAUGAGGGGGGGAAACCAGUGGAAAAGCCUGACACCAUCUUCUCCCAGGAAAGGGAUCCAAGAUUUGCUGAGAUGUUUGCUGGCAUAACUACUUCAGAUAAAAAAAUGAUGCCUUCGGCUUCCACGGCAGGAAACCAGCAGAUCUACUCUCAAGGGGGCCCGUUUCAACCAGGACAUUCUGGAAAAUCUUUCAGCUCGUCUGUGGUCCACGUGCCGGGCGUCAACGACAUUCAGUCCUCUUCAUCCACAGGCCAGAACUUGUCACAGAUGUCUCGGCAGUUAAAUCAGAGUCAAGUUGCCUGGACUGGAAGUCGCCCACCAUUCCCUGGGCAGCAAAUUCCUUCACAAGCUAGCAAGGCACAAUCUUCACCCUUUGCAAUUGGAUCCAGCCAUACUUACCCUGCUGACCCAGCUUCCUUCAGCCCCCUCUCCAGUCCUGCUACAUCUUCUCCAAGUGGAAACGCCUAUUCCAGCCUAGCUAACAGGACAACAGGCUUCGCAGAGAGCAGCCAAAGUAGCGGACAGUUUCAAGGACGGCCUUCAGAGGUCUGGUCCCAGUGGCAAAGCCAGCACCAUAACCAGCAGAACAGUGAGCAGCAUCCCCACCAGCAAACCAGCCAGACAGAAGUGUUCCAGGAUAUGCUGCCUAUUCCAGGGGAUCCAACACAAGGGACUGGCAAUUACAACAUAGAAGACUUUGCUGAUUUGGGCAUGUUUCCACCAUUUUCUGAGUAAAUUUAUCUAGCCAGAUGACCUGCUCUGGCACAGGAUUGGGGGAAGCCUGCUGAUGUAGUCUGGGCUCUGCUGUUUGUUUGUUUGUCAGUGUUAACAUUAUCAUAGAAGCUCUUAUACAGGAAGCCCCCAUUCUCUGAUUUCAGAUAACCUGCUCUUCUUCCAAAUGGUAACCAUGCAAGUUCUAAUAAUUUACAUUGUAUCAGUCAGGAUUCAUGUAAAGGUUCAAUUUGUAUUUCAUUCCCACAUGCAGAAGAGAUCAGGGUUGAAUGGGUAGAGGAAAGGAGAAGAGGAUGGGGAGGCACUUUGUGGUCUUUUUUUUUCCCCUGAGCUCUUAACAUCAAAAUAUGAACCACUGUUAAUUUCCCAUUUUCAGGGAAGUUAUCUUGCUUAAAUAUUAUGCACUCCAAACAAACUCUCCAGAUUUUAGUGGGACUUGGAACAAGGGACAGUUAAUGAGUUAUGCAUAGUAGUCUUGGGUUGGGAUGGACUGAAAGAAGCACAGUUCAGUCUCCACAGUUUGCUUCACUGGGGGAAGAUACUCAGGUUGGUUGGUAUGUAUUCUUGGAUUUGGUCACUAAAGCCCAACCAUUUAAAAAGAUCUUGACCAACAAGGCUGGAAAGAAUCUACCUGUAAUUCUAAACCAGUGUAUGGUAGCACUGGCUAUGCAUGGCCAGUGAAAAUAGGACUGUUAUGGUUGUGUGUUAUAACCAGAUCUCAGCUUGCAUUGCAACCAGAGUCAAAGUAGUUUCAAUGUUUGGCUUCUUGGGGCUGCAUUUUUUGUGAUGCCUUGAUCUUGUGAGAACUGAACAUCAGUUAAAAUAGUAGCAAAGUUUAUACUAGCCACCCUGGAUCACAAACAUGGUAGCCUAGAUCAAGAAUGUCCAUCCAGGAUCAUAAAGAUUAUAGGCUAGAGUAGAGAAUGGCCAGCUUCUCUAUUCUUGGGAUCUGUCCUAGAUUGGAACUGUGGGGUAAAAAAAAAAAAAAACUCAAACCUGUUGUGCCAUAUGACUUCAUCUUCAGCAUGAUUGUCUGUGCUUCAUUAUGUUCCUUGCCACCCAUUUUUAAGUUUUUGCAGUAAUAGAAAAGCAUACAACAGAAAAACAUACACUACAUACAUAUACAUGCACUAAUAGAAGAGCAUACACUGAAGUGGCAUAAUUUUGUGUUUAAAUAAAAAACAGAUCUAUGAAUCGCUAUCACAUUAGUUUUAAAUCAACUCUGUUGUCUUUUUUCUUAUAAUUGAAGCUCUGGCCAAUUCUUUUACAUCAGCUCAGUUAAACUUUUGGUAAAAUUGCUUGGACUAUGGGGUUGGCGUCUCCAAGUUAGCGAGGCUCUUUCAAUCAUUUUUUCCACGUUGGCACUAAAUACGAUGCAUUCUGGGAUUGUAUGGGAACUGCGAGGGGGCUAACCUGUAUCAAUGACAUUGAGAGAAAUGUGAUGUGGACAUGGUGCACAGAAAUUAUGUUACUGUCAAGUAUACCGCACAUUGCAAAAUCCACUUGUUCAAGCCAUUGUGUGCUGUAAUGUUUGCAAGGCACCUUAGCUGAACAUGAUGUGCUUGUGACUGGGGAGAAAUAUUACCAGAAGGGCUGUGACUUUUAUGGCAGGGAUCACUAGAUGGCCAGUAUACUGUGAGAUUGGGCCAGAGAUGACAUGGCUCACCCACUUCCUUGGGGAAAGAGCGUGCAUGUGUGUGUUAAGCACCCUUGAUCCCUGCUGAAGAUGUACCCUAGAACCCUACUUACAUUUUAACGCCUUCAUCAUCUAUCCUAUAGUAUUCGAGGCCAGUUUGAAUGUAGGGUUACAUUCCUGUAAUCUGGUACUUUCUGGCAAAAAUGUUUAUGGUCUUUCCAACUCCAUGUUAAAUCCAGCUGAACUUGAAUGUGUAUACAAUUUUAGUACCAUCUGUAUAUAUUUAGUAUUGUAUGAAAUCAGUUCUUUCUUGUGUGUCUGUCUGGAUUUGAGUUUGCUAGAGAAAUGAGAAAUCUGCAAGAAGAGAAUCUGUUUAGAAAGGGAGCAUGAUAGCAUGGAAUUUAUAAAGUGAAUUUAAAGGACAGUUAACCGAGGCUGGGAUCUGGUAAGCACUUUGGAACAGGAAAUAUACAUGUCACAUGGUGUGUGGUCUUAGACAUCAGAUAGUCCAGGUCAUCCAACCUUCCCUCUUUCUGUGAAGGAAGAAUAUCACUAUUCACUAUAGGAGUCAUUAUGGCUUUCAGCAUAGGAUCACGUUACACAUGAAUUUACAGAAUCCCUGAUUGUCCAGAACCUAGGACCCUCCAAAUGGGUUGGGCUACAGCUUCCUUCAUCCCUGGCAGGUAUGAUGGGAAUGUAGUUCUGUGUAUCCGGGUUAGAUAGAGGCUAUUAUAUACAAUCAAUGAUAUACUUAUUGGUGGAAUGUUAUCAGUUCAGACAGCAGCUGAGUUUAUAUAUAGCACAAUGUGCUUAAGCCAUGAGUUUAAAAAUGAAUUAUUCAGUAUGCCACAGGUGGCUGAGUUCACACUUAAUGCUGAGCCAUAAAUCAUGGUUUACAAGCCAGUGCUUGAGUUUACAAAUUGCACUAAGCCUAGUUUGGCAUGUGCCCUGAGUAUUCUUAACUUUCAGUGCCCUAUCUAUUCUCAGAUGUGACAUAGUCCAGCAGAUUUGGAGUUGUAGAUCCAAUAUAUCUGGAGGCCACCAGAUUGAAGAAAGAACUCUUACAUACUUCCCUGUUUCAACCAAAAAUAGUCAACAACAACCAAGAAAAAGUUGGUUUUAGAUCCUGCUAGACCUGAUUUAACAAAAAUAAUUCCUGGAAUCACAUAAUAUGCUGUAUCCAAACAAACCACAUUGUGACUUGAGGUGAUGGCCUGUUUCUCACAACAUCCUGAAUUAUAAAUUAUCAACCUAACUUUAGCCCAGUCCAGCAUAUUCCGCAAACCCAGCCAAUAUGAAUAAUUUCAAGACAAGGGAUAAAUGAACAAGGGGAGAAGGAGACUUUUCCGAUGUCUAGCUCUCACACUUGAUACAGGGAUCCAUUUUCAGUGGUAACCCCAAGCUGAGUGUAACAAAUAGUUCCAUUCUUUGGGCUGGUUUACACAAAGUUCUAAGCCACAAUAUGGUUUGUUUGUAUUUAACUUAAUGUGAUAUACUUAGUGUGAUGUAUCUGUCCCACAAAAAAAGACACCAUGGGUUUUUUUAUGACAAACCAUAAUUUGAAAUGUUGCUUUCCUAGAUUAUAAAUUCUGUCUUGUUUUAACCAUGCCUUCAGCUUAUGUCUGAACCCAAAUUUAGGUUAUUUUUGUGCUCUACCCACUUUUGUUUUUAAUCCAUUCAAUUGUGUCCAAUUCUCGGAGACUGCCUGGACUAGUCCCUGAAGUUUUUUUAGCAAGGUUUUCAGAAGUGGUCUGCCAUUGCCUCCUUCCUAGGGCUGAGAGAGAGUGACUGGCCCAAAGUCUCCUAGCUGGCUUUGUGCCUAAGGCGGGACUAGAACUCAUGGUCUCCUGGUUUCUAGCCUGAUGCCUUAACCUCUGCACCAAACUGGCUCUCACUGCCUACUUCUUUUACAUAUUGGCAAAAGGAAUGGAGAAACCUAGGAAUUGGCUGAAAAAGUCCUGAUUAUUUUGCUAGUUUCUUCAUAAUUUUUAAAAACCCUAAAUUAGUAUUAUGUGUAAAUUAGCUCAAUUUGUACACAGCAUUAAGCCAUAAUGUGGUAUGUUUGAACAACAUGGCUUAAAUUUAUUGACAAAGCAGGCCAGUGUGGGUUUUUUUCCCAACAAAUCUGGGAUUUAAAAGCCUGGUUUUGUUAUAUGAGAAUUCAGCCAGUGUUUCCAUCAUCUGUAUUAUAUCUAGUUUGGUUGCUUUUCCUGGCUAGAAAAUAAAAUAUGGAAUUACAAGCCAACCUUUUCAAAGUUCUGAAUUCAUUUUAGUGCAACACUGAUGGAUUUUUUUUUCCCCAGCUUGCAUGGCAUAUAAAUUUUAUAUGCACAGUAUUCCUCUCAUCCCUCCUUUCCAAAACUUUGGCAGAUGAGCAGUUCUCAAGUCAUACUGUCUAUAUAAUAGAUAUUUUUGUUUAGACCUGAUGAGUUUGCUUGGGCGACAGUUAGAAAAGAGAACCUGGCUCCUUAGCUCUUCAAAUGGAGGGAAGCAUUACUAAACACGGAUAGGCUAGGGAUACAGUUAAGACAUUUUGCUGUGAUUAUGGGGGAGCAAAUAUCAUCCAUCUGCAUUUCUAGCUUACCAAUUGCAUGGACACAAGCCAUUGGCUAUUAGGUCCAGGCAUCCCCUGGUCACUCUUAAUACAAUAUGGAUCUUAGUGGGGAAAAAAUAACACAGAAUAGUCGAGGUAUCCUGUUGGGACUACUGACAAAUUAAUAUAAAUUGUCAUAUGAAAUAAUUUUUAAUAUGAAUUAAGUUUACACAAAACACUUAACAAUUAUGUAGUUGAUUGGGGGGGGUUUUGGCUUGGUACUAUGGAUUAGUUCCACCCCUAAAUAUACUAUCUGGCCCAGCCUAGAGCUUUGAUCUGACAAAUUCUUCCAAACUUUGCACCACCAUCCCAUUCUUUUCCAGCUUCUGCCCACACUUAGCCUUCUGGUCGUUCCUAGAUGAAGGCAAGGGGGAAAUAUUUUUGAAACCCACCCAUUAGCAACCUUAUCUUCUACUGAAAUAACUGGUGAAAUCAUCUGCAUUGAUUUCAUUGGGAAAGAGAUAACAAAUGCUUGAAUGUCUCCCAUUGAGAUCUCCAUGUGCUUAUUCUUGGCUCUGGAUUGUACAUUAUUUUGCAUAGGUUUUUCCCUAAGAAAUAACUACAGAAGUUUUGUUUAUUUGACUUUUCUUACCAUUGGCAUCAAUCUCUGUUGAACUCUUUCAUGUCAGUGUGUGGAACUGUGCUGUGGAUUAAAAUGUGUUUUGUAUUUCUGAGUGUUCUGUGUAGCAAAACCAGUUUUGUGUGUUGGUAUAAUGAAUAACUUGCCUUUUAAAAUUUCAUUAAAAUAAUAAAACAUCAUAAGCUACUUAA